ACACGUGAAAAAUGUAGAACAAUAGAAAUAUGAGAUAAACAUUAAUAAAUAGGUCGUUUACACUCUCCAUUGACUGAUAUAACAACAAUAUGCACUUCAACCUUCGACCGAUCUACUAAUCUUUCCUUUGUUUAUGUGAUGAUGGCUUCUUCCUCUUCUUCUUCUUUGGUUGUUGGGCCACAUCAUCUUACUACACGGAAUGGUUACAGGGUUUGGGAGGAUCCUUCUUUCAUCAAGUGGAGGAAAAGAGACCCUCAUGUUACUUUGCAUUCCCAUGAUUCCGUUGAAGGAUCUCUUAAAUAUUGGUAUCAACGCAACAAAGUGGAUUUUUUGGUUUCCCAAUCUGCUGUUUGGAAUGAUGAUGCUGUUCAGGGAUCUCUUGAUUGUGCUGCAUUUUGGGUCAAAAACUUGCCUUUUGUUAAGUCCUUGUCUGGAUAUUGGAAAUUUUUCCUUGCUGACAAUCCCGACAAUGUCCCGUCUAAUUUUUAUGAAAGUGAAUUUCACGAUUCAGAGUGGAAAACUUUGCCCGUUCCCUCAAAUUGGCAGUUGCAUGGAUUUGACUGUCCUAUAUAUACAAACGUGCAAUAUCCAUUUCCUCUAGAUCCUCCUUUUGUUCCUGUGGAAAAUCCUACUGGCUGCUACAGAGUGUAUUUCGACAUUCCUAAAGAAUGGGAGGGUAGAAGAAUUUUGUUGCAUUUUGAAGCAGUUGAUUCUGCCUUCUGUGCAUGGAUAAAUGGACAUCCUAUAGGAUAUAGCCAAGACAGCAGACUACCUGCAGAGUUUGAAAUCACUGAUUUUUGUCAUCCAUGUGGUUCGGACUGUAAGAAUGUUUUAGCUGUUCAAGUAUUUAGAUGGAGUGAUGGUUCUUACCUUGAAGACCAGGACCAGUGGCGGUUAUCUGGCAUCCACCGUGAUGUUCUUCUUUUGGCAAAGCCAGAGGUAUUUGUUACUGACUAUUUUUUCAAAUCAAACCUUGCUGAAGAUUUUUCUUAUGCAGAGAUACUGGUUGAAGUAAAAAUAGAUAACUUACGAGAGACAGCCAAGGAUAGUGUUCUUACAAACUACAUUAUUGAAGCUUCUUUAUUUGAUUCUGGAAGCUGGUACACCUCUGAUGGGAAUCCUGAUCUCCUUUCAUCAAAUGUAGCUGACAUAAAGCUCCAACCAUCAAGUGCACCAUUAGGGUUUCAUGGUUAUGUGCUUGUGGGGAAACUGCAAUCACCAAAGCUUUGGUCUGCAGAGCAACCAUACCUCUAUACCCUAGUUGUUGUCCUGAAAGAUCAAGCUGGUCGUGUUGUUGAGUGUGAAUCAUGCCCAGUAGGAUUUAGAAAAGUAUCUACAGCCCACAAACAGCUGCUUGUUAACGGACAUGCAGUUGUAAUAAGAGGUGUAAACAGGCAUGAACAUCAUCCACAAGUGGGAAAGGCAAACAUAGAAUCCUGCAUGAUCAAGGAUUUGGUUUUAAUGAAGCAAAACAAUAUUAAUGCUGUGAGGAACAGCCAUUAUCCCCAACAUCCACGUUGGUACGAGCUUUGUGAUUUGUUUGGCAUGUACAUGAUAGAUGAAGCCAAUAUUGAGACACAUGGUUUUGAUUAUUCUAUGCAUCUCAAGCACCCUACUAUGGAACCAACUUGGGCAACUGCAAUGCUGGACCGUGUGAUAGGCAUGGUUGAGAGAGAUAAAAAUCAUACAUGCAUUAUUUCCUGGUCUUUAGGGAAUGAAUCUGGAUUUGGAUCUAAUCAUUUUGCUCUAGCUGGUUGGAUUCGAGGAAGAGACCCAUCGCGAGUGUUACAUUAUGAAGGAGGUGGAUCCAGGACUCCAUGCACUGAUAUUGUGUGCCCCAUGUAUAUGCGUGUUUGGGACAUGGUGAAAAUUGCCAAUGAUCCUAAUGAAACACGUCCUUUGAUUCUUUGCGAGUAUUCACAUGCAAUGGGGAAUAGUAAUGGGAAUCUACAUAUAUAUUGGGAAGCAAUUGACACGACAUUUGGACUCCAAGGAGGCUUUAUUUGGGAUUGGGUUGAUCAGGCCCUGUUGAAAGUUCAUGCAGAUGGUACAAAGCAUUGGGCAUAUGGAGGUGAAUUUGGGGAUAUUCCCAAUGACUUGAAUUUCUGUUUGAAUGGCCUCAUGUUUCCUGAUCGAACUCCUCAUCCCGUUUUACAUGAGGUUAAGUACUUAUACCAGCCAAUCAAGGUGACUUUAAAUGAGGGGAAAUUGGAGAUAAAAAAUACCCAUUUUUUCCAAACAACAGAAGGAUUAGAGUUCAGCUGGUACAUUUCUGCAGAUGGAUACAACCUUGGAUCUGGUAUUUUGAGUCUUGCCCCAAUAAAGCCCCAGAGCAGUUAUGCUGUUGAUUGGCAAUCAGGUCCAUGGUAUUCUCUAUGGGCUUCAUCAGAAGAAGAAGAAAUAUUCCUGACUAUAGCUGUGAAGCUUUUGAAUUCCACACGCUGGGUUGAAGCUGGUCAUAUUGUUUCAUCUGCUCAAGUUCAACUGCCUGCCAGGAGAGACAUUGUUCCUCAUGCUAUCAAUAUUAGUGGUGGCACUCUAGUAGCUGAAACACAAGGCGAUACAAUCAAAGUCAGCCAGCAAGAUAUUUGGGACAUAACAUUUAACACUAAAACGGGUUUAGUUGAAAGCUGGAAGGUUAAAGGAGUCAAUGUUAUGGAAAAGGGCAUACUCCCAUGUUUCUGGCGAGCUCCUACUGAUAAUGACAAAGGAGGAGGAGUGAGCAGUUAUUUGUCCAGGUGGAAAGCUGCUGGAAUGGACAGCCUCCACUUUAUUACUGAGAGCUGUUUGGUGCAAAAAAUGACAGAGAACAUGGUUAGAAUAUCGGUUGUUUUUAAUGGUGUUACUGAGGGCGGGGAGGGUUCUCUCUCUAACCAAGUCAAGUCAAAGGUUUUAUUCACAACUCAAAUGACAUAUACAAUUUAUGCUUCUGGGGAUGUCAUUAUGGAAUGCAAUGUGAAACCAAACCCUGAUCUUCCUCCUUUGCCACGCAUGGGAAUUGUGUUAAAUGUGGAAAAAUCGUUGGAUCAAGUAACUUGGUAUGGAAGAGGGCAAUUUGAGUGUUAUCCAGAUCGAAAAGCUGCUGCCCAGGUUGCAGUCUAUGAUCAUAAUGUUGGAGAGUUGCAUGUUCCUUAUAUUGUUCCUGGGGAAAGUUCAGGUAGGGCAGAUGUUAGAUGGGCAACAUUCAGAAACAAAAAUGGUUUUGGAGUAUAUGCUUCUAAGUAUGGUAGCUCUCCACCCAUGCAAAUGAGUGCAAGCUACUAUAGCACUUCUGAACUUGACCGGGCCACACACAAUGAAGAACUCGUUGAAGGAGAUAGCAUUGAGAUUCAUCUAGAUCACAAGCACAUGGGAUUGGGUGGAGAUGAUAGUUGGUCCCCAUGCGUCCACGACCAAUAUUUGAUUCCUGCUUUGCCGUACUCAUUCUCUAUUAGGUUGUGUCCAGUAACUCCGGGCACUUCUGGUUAUGACAUCUACAAAUCCCAGCUUCAAAAUUCCUGAUUUCUUGAAUCACAUGGCUUUAUUCAAUAAUAAACAUCAUGUAUCAGAAGACCAAAUACCAGUAUGUUAAUGAAGGACAAUAAAUAAACUUACAAAGCUAUUGAUGUAAAGAAGCAUUCUCGUGCAAUCUUUUCAGUUAGCACCUUGAUACAACGUGGAAGAUGAAUAAUGUUGAUACACAUUUGUUCCAUCAAAAAUAUAUGACCCAUUUCGUACUGUUGGAUAAUGUGUUGUAACUGUAAUGUAUAGUUUUAUUGUUGUUUGGAGAUUAAUGACAUAAUGGAAUGAAAGAAAAUUAAAGGAGUGGGUUGUUCGAGACUUUCCCUCUGGUUGAAUUUUGUUCAGGCUCCUUUGAGUUUGUUUGGGUGAUAAUAGUGAAAUUGUGUUUAGCUUGCAGAUAUUAUUGAAUUUCAUUCUCAAGAAAACUAAGUCUGCUUGAAAAGAGCAGGACAAUGGUGUUACAUUGG